CGUGCGAGAGGAGCGGCUAAUUAAGCUAAGUUAUUAGCUGAAUUAAUCGUUCUUGCACAGCUAGCUAGCUAAGCUGUCUGUCUAGCUAUCUGCGUCGCACGAUGUGGUGUUGCAGCGGCGCCGAGGAGGAGCUCCACGGCGCGCCGGCCGCCAACCCGGCGGCGCCGCCACCGCGAGCACCAGGUUCGAAUUGCGCAGUCCUAGUUGAUUAAUUUGUCCGUAAUGUUCGCCGCCGGCCGUCGUGAUGACACUUUGGAAUGCAGGGCCGCCGAGAGGGCCGAACGCGCCGAGAGCCGGCGGCGCGCCGGCGAAGGUGCUGCCGAUCGACGUCCCGGCCGUGGCGCUGGCGGAGCUCAACCGUCUCACCGGCAACUUCGGCGACAGGUCGCUGGUCGGGGAGGGAUCCUAUGGCCGCGUGUACCGCGCCACGCUGAGCACCGGCGAGGCCGCCGCCGUCAAGAUGUUCGACAACAACGGCGGCUCCGGCCAGUCAGAAGCCGACUUCUGCGCGCAGCUGUCCGUGGUGUCCAGGCUCAAGUGCGACCACUUCACCCAGCUGCUGGGCUACUGCCUGGAGCUCAACAACCGCAUCGUGCUCUACGAGUUCGCCACCAAAGGCUCCCUCUACGACAUCCUCCACGGGAAGAAGGGGGUGAAGGGGGCGGAGCCCGGGCCGGUGUUGACGUGGAGCCAGCGAGCACGGAUCGCGUACGGCGCGGCGAGGGGACUGGAGUACCUGCACGAGCGCGCGCAGCCACCGAUCGUCCACCGCGACAUCCGCUCCAGCAACGCGCUCGUCUUCGACGGCCACGACGCCAAGAUCGGCGACUUCAACCUCACCAACCAGUCGCCGGACUCCGCCGCCCGCCUCCACUCCACCAAGGUGCUCGGCACCUUCGGCUACCACGCGCCAGAGUAUGCAAUGACGGGACAAUUGACCCAGAAGAGCGAUGUUUACAGCUUCGGUGUUGUCCUUCUUGAGCUUUUGACUGGGAGGAAGCCUGUGGAUCACACCAUGCCCAAGGGGCAGCAGAGCUUGGUUACCUGGGCCACUCCAAGGUUAAGCGAGGACAAGGUUAAGCAGUGCGUGGAUCCCAAGCUGAACGACGAGUACCCACCAAAGGCAGUGGCCAAGCUCGCGGCGGUGGCGGCGCUGUGCGUCCAGUACGAGGCUGAUUUCAGGCCCAACAUGACGAUCGUCGUCAAGGCUCUGCAGCCUCUCAUCAGUGCUCGUCCAGGAGAUCAUUAGCUUGAUUCAGAGAUGUUGAUGUCUUCUCUCUUUUUGUUUUCAGUGUUUUAAUUCGUCGCUAAUUUAGUGAUGAUAAUUUAAUCAUUCAUUAUUCGAUGCAUUAUUAGCUCCGUUCAGUACUUCGUCAUGCAUCCUUGUCUCCCCUCAUUUUCAUCGAAACUACUCGUAUGUAACUAGAGUGGUCUAUGGUCUACUUGGCCUACACUAUAUAUGUUAUGUAAGAGAACAUACAUACGAGUGACUAGUGCCAAAUGUAAAAAUCAUGAAUAAUUCUCUUUCAAAAAAGAAAAGUACAAACACUGCUCGCUCCUUUUCUAA